AAAAAUGACAACCACCAGGUUGGAGAUUUGAAGUAAGAGGAUCGUUGGGUCCCCACAGAUCUUCCAAUCUGAGAAUUGUAGGAUGAGUUUUCAUGCGAUCACAUCCAAAGGGGGGGAGUGUUCAUUUGCUGACAGUGAUUCACAGCCUGAUUGAUGCAAAAAAAAGUCGUCCAGUCAUUUCUCUGUUUUCCCAACUUCAUCCUGUUUUUGAUUCUUUCGUUUUGGUCAGCAGGCUGUUCUUGUCAUUUUGGUUUCAUCUUCUUGCGCCUCUCGCCGCCUUUCUUUUCUUCUUUUAUUUAUCUUUUGCCCGGACGUUUUGACCUUCGUAUUUCUAAAACUUUGCUCAGGAUCUCUUUAAUGGUUCUUGUUCUUUACUUCCUUACCUCCUCUGGUUCUCUCAUCUUCCCUUUCUCGACAUGUCAAAUACCGUGAAAGAAUGGCUUAAGAUAAUCUAUGUGGUCUUAGCCUUCUGCUCUGCCUUCUUUCUGGGAGCUCUCAAAGGUAUGGUGGUCGGUCCAAUUGCUGGUUUGGUGCUGAUAAUUGGGAAUGUUGGAGUUAUUCUGGGGCUCUUCCCUGCUCAUGUUGCCUGGACCGUCUAUACUCUUAUUAAAACCAAUCGGUUGGAUACUCCCCUGAAAGUUGCUUUCCUGUUUGCUUUGGCUCCACUAUUUGCCCUCUGGUUGGGUCUUGGCAUCGCUGGAAGCGUUCUUGUAGGAGUGGGCUAUGGGUUCUUCACGCCUUGGGUUUCGGCCUUCGAGGCCUUCAGACAAGAUACUGAAUAUAGAAAGUUUGUUCACUGCAUUGUGGAUGGGACCUGGGGAACCAUUAAAGGGAGCUGYACUGUGGUCCGAGAUUUUGCAGACAUAUGCUACCAUUCCUAUCCAGUCUACUUAAAGGAGUUACGUGGAGGCUCUGGCAGUUCAGAUGAACCCCAAACUCUGAGGUUGGUACAUGUGCCUGCAUGCAUCAUUGUGGGGUUGAUGGGACUAAUUGUGGAUAUUCCUCUUUACACUGUCAUCGCCAUAGUAAAGAGUCCAUGCAUGCUUUUCAAAGGCUGGCACAGAUUGCUACAUGAUUUAGUAAGCCGAGAAGGUCCAUUCCUAGAAACUGCUUGUGUCCCAAUUGCUGGGUUGACAAUCCUUCUAUGGCCAGUUAUCGUCAUUGGGAGCAUAUUGUUGGCUAUUUUCUCCAGCAUCUUCAUUGGGUUGUAUGGCUCUGUUAUAGUAUAUCAGGAGAAGUCUUUCCGGAGAGGUGCAGCUUACAUAAUUGCCAUGGUUGCAGAAUUUGACGAGUACACAAAUGACUGGCUCUAUCUGAGAGAAGGGACUGUCCUUCCAAAGCCCCAGUACCGAAAGAAGAGGGCCACUCACUCAGCAGAGUUUUCUACUGGAGGAAGUCAGGCAGCUAGAGGCAAGUUUAUMCCUGCUUCCAUAGAAGCACCCACAAUUCUCAUACCAAGUUUAGCCCCAUCAAGAUCUGUUAGGGAGGCAAUACAAGAAGUGAAAAUGGUGCAGAUAUGGGGAAACAUGAUGAAGUCUUGUGAGAUGAGGGGCAAGGAACUUGUAGAUGCAAAUGUCAUAACAUCAGCUGACCUUAGUGAAUGGUACAAGGCAAAGAGUAACACUGAAGCAACCAUAGUUGGUGUUGGUUUGCCUUCUUAUUCAUUCUUACAUUCUCUUCUCUACUCCAUCAAAGCUGGAUCAGAUGGUUUAAUGAUGACUGAUGGUAUUGAAGUCACCCAUCUGAACCGACCCCAAGACCGGUUGUUGGACUGGUUUUUCCAUCCUAUAUUGGUUUUAAAAGAGCAGAUCAAGGUCAUAAAGAUGGAAGAGGGUGAAAUGAGAUUUUUGGAGAAGAUUGUCCUCUUUGGUGAUGAUACACAGCGCAUGGAGGCUUGGGAAAAUGGCUCAAUGGUUCCUCUGGAUGCUCUCAGAGCUGCUCAAAUUCAGGGCAUUAGCAGAAGGCUGAUAGGAAUGAUGAGGAGUAUAUCAAAGUUCCCAACUUACAGAAGGAGAUUUCGCCAGGUAGUGAAGGUCCUGAUCACAUAUUCUGUUGAGAAGGAAGGUCCAACCAGAUCUAGUUCAGUCAGAUCGGUUGCUUCCAUUGAAACUGUUUAGGCUGAAGUUAAGCCAAGUCUUCUGUUCAUGUUUGUGCUUAUUUUUGUUUUGUUUUUGUUUUUUUUUUUUUUUUGCUUCCU